AUGCUGUCGUAUCCGAAUAUAUUGACAAUAAUUCCUCAUCUCAGUUAUAGUAAAAGAAUGGAAGUCUCAAAAAUCUCUGUCGAGUUUAGAAAGUAUCACCAACGAUUCUCCUUCUCUCUGACCUCGAUUCGUUUCUCUCAGAAAUACGGCCCUGUUGAUAAUAAUGGAGAUCCGGAAGAAGUUGGUACGGGAAACUUGCAUGUGGAAUCUAUCAUCUACGAUUUUACGUUCGAUCCACUAACUAACCAAGUGAAAAUCUCAAAUACACUGACUCCCGGAAGAAUAACAACAUCAAAUGACAUAGCUAUUGCAAGAAGAUAUUUACAGUACUAUCUCAGAUCAUCAAAACGCCCUGUUGAGCAUGUUCAUAUCGUGGAAACCGAUCGCCCAUUCCGGAAUAUGCAUGAUUUGCGAGUACCAUCGUUGACGUGGCAUUUAAAUGGCAGCAGAGCUGAUAACAUUUUUGACGAUUUUCCCAGAAACUACGUCUUUGAGAAGUUGGAACUCAUCGAUUGUUUUGGUGUCCAAAGAGCGAAGCACUGCAUUGUCAAAAAUAUACCGAUAUAUCAGGAAUUUGUAGUUGGCACCGAGCCACUUUUCAUUGCCGCAUUCUACGUUCUGCUCCGGAAUAAAGUGGAAAUAUUUUUGGGACUUAAUCACGUUAGGUCAUUCGUCACUCUUUCUUAUGGCAUAUGCCAGAACAGUUUUCACAUCGGGUCUUCAUUCACUGGAAUUUUCAUGCCCAACUCGUUUUUGAAAGAUUACAUGUGGGAAUAUCUGCUAAGACCUGAUGACGUGGUCCGACCUAAUGGAUUAAUAUCGUCAAGGGGAUAUAUUAAAGGAAGAGAAUGCGUAGUUCUAAAGACGACGAAUGAUUGGAUCGCAGUUGUUUUCCACAACUAUAUCGAUACUGGUGAUAAAGAAAGUUUCACUGCUGUUAAACUAAAAAGGGAAAUGGACGCUGAAGUGGACGGAUGA